AUGGUUCCCCCACCCCCUGUCAGCAAGCCCCACGUGUGCCUCUCCACUGUGCUCAUCAUGACCAGCCUUGUCCUCAUGGAUGCCUACCUGGUGGAGCAGAGCCAGGGCUCCAGGAAACUGGGCAUCUGUGUCAUGGUGGCAGUGGGUGACGUGUGCUUCCUGCUGGUGCUCCGCUACGUGGCCAUCUGGGUCGGGGCAGAGGUAAAGACAGCUAAGCGGGGCUACGCCAUGAUCCUCUGGUUCCUCUAUGUUUUCGUUCUGGAGAUCAAAGUCUACUUUGUAUACCAGAACUAUAAAGCUGACCGGAAGAGCCUGGAUCUCAUAGCCCGCAAAGCGCUGACCUUGCUGCUCUCCAUCUGCAUCCCAGCCCUCUACGUGUUGCUGGUGGCCACCGAGCGCAUGGAGUACGUCAGGACAUUCAAGAAGAAAGAAGAUCUCCGCAACCGCCUCUUCUGGGUCAUUGUGGACAUGCUCGACGUUCUGGACAUCCAGGCCAACCUGUGGGAGCCCCAGAAGAAAGGGCUGCCGCUCUGGGCCGAGGGCAUCAUGUUCUUCUACUGCUACAUCCCUUGCGUGCCCCGCGGCGAGAUCAGCAUGCAGGGGAUCGGCAUCGUGCCGCACCGGAUGAUGCUGUACCCCAUGCUGAGCAUGCUCACUGUCAACAUCACCACCAUCUUCAUCCGAGGCAGCAACAUGGUCUUCUUCAGGGACGCCCGGGUCUCCAGCAUCUUCAUGGGCAAGAACAUGCUGGCCAUCGGGCUGAAGGUCUGUACGUUUGUGCAGUACCAGCGG